ACCUAGCACUAUAGUGGAUAAAUAAUACUAUUUAUCAACAAACAAAAUAAAUUUAUAAGUUUAUAGUUUCAUAAUAUAAAUAUUAAUUUAUUUAAAAAAUAAAACUAUUAAAAUUUUACCAGCAGGUUUAUCCAAAGUAUAUUGUAUUUGGAAAAAUAAUAAAAGUAUUAAAUUUAUUUUGAUAAUUAACAUGCUGCCAAAUUCACAACAAGGAAAUAAUUACAACUGGAACAAUGUGCAAAAUGGUCAAGGAUAUUAUUCAAUGCAUCAACUACCACUGCCACUACCAGAUUUAUCAAAACCACCACCAAAUUUUACUGUUCCACCACCACCAAUAAACGCUUUACCUCAUCAUCAAAAUAAAUCAACAGUUUAUCAACAUCCUCUUGGAGUAUAUCAGCCAUCGCUACCACCACCAUCAACAUCACAACCAAUACCAACGGUAACAGGAGUUUAUCAGACAGAACCUUUUUAUAAUUAUCCUCCUCCAGUUUAUCAAAAUCAGCAGCACACAAAUCCAUAUGCCCAAGCUUAUCCUCACCAAAAUUUGAAUAAAAUAAAUACAUAUGUGCCAUCAUCAUCAACACAAUCAAACUGGCAACAAAAUUCAACAACAGCCACAUGGCAAGCAUCAUCAUCAUCAUCAGACAAUAAUACAACUGAAUGGCGACAAUUCUAUAAUCAGCAACAACAAAAUGACAAACAAAAUAAUAGUUCAAACUGUUCUUGGUCCAAGUCCUUCUCACAAAAUAAUACACAAAGCAAUAGGUCAUCCAGUAAUUAUCAGAGUAAUAAUGACAAUAAUAAAUCAUAUUAUCGAGAAAAAUCAGUACCUUCAGAAAAUCAUUAUUCAUCUUAUCGAUCAUCAAGUAGCGUUGAUCGAACACUCUCUAGUAGAUCAAGAAAAAGAUCAAGAUCCAGAGAGUCAUCACGAGAUUCAUCGUCAAAAUAUUCUUCUAGAAGUACAAUUUCUAAGGAAAAAAAAGACUUAACAGAAAGAGAAAUAUUAUUAGAAAAAUACAGAAAAAAUUACUGUGCAACAAGUAAAGAUAUUGAACGAAAAAUGGAUGAACUUGGACCAGAUGGUAUACAUGAAUUUGAAAGAAAAGCAUGGACACGAACAGCACCAGCUGAUUUGUAUUAUACUCGAGAUGAUAAAAAUACAAAAAUAGUAAGAGGUACUAAAAAAUUAUGUAACUUAUGUGAUAAAUUUAAAGAUGUUUUAUUGGAUCGUGCAUCAAGAGAACGUUUAAAGCAUCCACACUAUGAACCACCACUACGUAAAAAUAGAGCAAGACUUUGUCGACAUAAAUCUGAGGUUUGUAAUAACAGUAGCUCAUCAGAUAGUGAUAGUUCCAUGGAUGAGGAUGACAGAACAAUGGAAGAAUUAAUGGCAAAAAAACAACAUCCACAAAGGUUACAUCCUGAAAUGUGGUUUAAUGAUCCUGGUGAAAUGAAUGAUGGUCCAUUGUGUCGAUGUAGUGCAAAAUCACAACGUUCUGGUAUUAGACAUGGUAUUUAUGCUGGUGAAAGUGAAGUACAUAGAUGUGAUCCAAAUUCAAAUAAUGCUGAUAAAUUAUAUCACUAUAGAAUAACAAUAAGUCCACCAACAAAUUUUUUAACUAAAACACCAACAAUCAUAAAACAUGAUGAACAUGAAUUUAUAUUUGAAGGUUUUUCAAUGUUAUCACAUUUUCCACUUGUUAAAUUACCAACAUGUAAAGUUAUACGUUUUAAUAUUGAAUAUACAAUAUUAUAUAUUGAAGAAAAAUUACCAGAAAAUUUUACAAUAUUAGAACUUGAUUAUUUUCAAGAUUAUUUAUUCAAAGAAAUACUUGAAUUAAUGGAUUUUGAUUUACACUCUGUUGAUGAUAAAAGUGGCUGUGGACAAUUUCAUUUUAUGCCACGUUUUGUACGUGAUUUGCCAGAUAAAGGACAAGAAAUAUUAUCAAUGAAUGAAGUAUUGAAUUAUCUUCUUAAAUCAAAUACUUUAUUAAUUGAUGCUGAUGAUUUGCCAAGUCUUAUUGCUUUGCCUCAACACAAAUGGCAAAAUUAUGCUGAUGAAGUUAAAGGUAUGGUUGUAACAUAUCCAGGCAAAAAACCUUGUAGUGUUCGUGUUGAUCAAUUGGAUAGAAAUCAAGGUGUACAACCACCUGGUGUUAUUGCAUAUCCAGAUAUUGUACAUUUUGGAAUUCGUCCACCACAGCUUAGUUAUGCUGGUAAUGCUGAUUAUCAAAAAGCCUGGAGAGAUUAUGUUAAAUUUCGUCAUCUUCUUGCAAAUAUGCCAAAGCCAUCUUUUGAAGAUAAAAGAAAAUUAGAAGCCAAAGAAAAUAAAUUGCAAGAAUUACGAACACAAAGUAAAAUGAAACGUGAUGUUACUGUUGAUGUAAGCUCUGAAGGUUUUUAUCGUACUGGAAUUAUGUGUGAUAUUGUUCAACAUGCAAUGUUGAUACCUGUACUUGUUUGUCAUUUAAGAUUUCAUAAAUCUCUUGAUAAUCUUGAAAAAAAAUUAAAAUAUAAAUUUAAAAAUAGAUAUUUUCUUCAAUUAGCACUUACACAUCCAAGUUAUCGUGAAAAUUUUGGUACUAAUCCAGAUCAUGCAAGAAAUUCAUUGACAAAUUGUGGAAUAAGUCAACCAGAAUAUGGUGAUAGAAGAAUUCAUUAUUUAAAUACAAGAAAACGUGGUAUAAAUACUUUGAUAAAUAUUAUGUCAAGAUUUGGAGCAAGACGAGAAACAGAAUCAUCAAUUGCUCACAAUGAACGAUUGGAAUUUCUUGGUGAUGCUGUUGUUGAAUUUUUAACAUCAAUACAUCUUUUUCAUAUGUUUCCUGAUCUUGAGGAGGGUGGCUUAGCAACAUAUAGAGCAGCAAUUGUACAAAAUCAACAUCUUGCUGUUUUAGCAAAAAAAUUAAAUUUAGAAGAAUACAUGCUGUAUGCUCAUGGUAGUGAUCUUUGUCAUGAUCUUGAAUUACGUCAUGCAAUGGCAAAUUGUUUUGAGGCAUUAAUGGGCUCACUAUUUCUUGAUGGUGGAAUAAAUGUUGCUGAUAAUGUUUUUGGUGAAACACUAUUUAAGAAAGAAGCUGAAUUAUCAUCAGUCUGGAAAAAUUAUCCAAAACAUCCACUUCAAGAACAAGAACCACUUGGUGAUAGACAAUGGAUUCCAAGCUUUGAAUUGCUACAAAAAUUAACAAAAUUUGAAGAAUCAAUUGGAGUUGAAUUUACUCAUAUAAGAUUACUUGCUAGAGCAUUCACUGAUCGUAGUAUUGGAUAUACAAAUUUAACACUUGGAUCAAAUCAGCGAUUAGAAUUUCUUGGUGAUACUGUUCUUCAACUUAUUGUCUCGGAAUAUCUUUAUAAAUUUUUUCCUGAACAUCAUGAGGGUCAUUUAUCAUUAUUACGAAGUUCAUUGGUUAACAAUAAAACUCAAGCAGUUGUUUGUGAUGAUCUUGGUAUGACACAAUAUGCACUCUAUGGUAAUCCAAAAGCUGAAUUAAAAACAAAAGACAGAGCUGAUUUGCUUGAGGCAUUUUUAGGUGCACUUUAUGUUGACAAAGGUCUAACUCAUUGUCUUAUUUUUUGUAAUGUUUGUUUCUUUCCUCGAUUGCAAGAUUUUAUUAUGAAUCAAGAUUGGAAUGAUCCAAAAAGUAAACUUCAACAGUGUUGUCUAACACUAAGAACAAUGGAUGGUGGUGAACCAGAUAUACCUGUUUACAAAGUUAUUGAAUGCAAAGGACCAACAAAUACUCGUGUAUAUACUGUUGCUGUUUAUUUUCAAGGUAAACGACUUGCUAAAGCAUCUGGACACAGUAUUCAAGAAGCUGAAAUGAAUUCAGCAAAAGAAGCACUUGAAAAAUCACAAGAUUUAUUUCCUCAACUUGAUCAUCAAAAACGUGUUAUUGCUAAAAGUAUGAAAAUGCAACAGUGGCCAAGAACAAAACCAAAACAAUAUGAAAGAAGAAAUUAUGAUGAUGAUCAAACAAAACAAAGAAGUCGUAGUUGUGAUAAGUAUAAAAAUUAUGAUAGUAAAUCACGUGAUCGUUAUGAUAAUUAUGAUAGUCGUAGAAGAAGUGAAAAACACAGUGAAUCAACAAUGAGUCUUGAUUCUAUUGAUAAAACAAAUCAUAAACGUAAAAGAUCAAGUGAUAGAACAUCUGACGAAGAUGAUAAUUCAAGAAGAUAUCAUGAAAAACGACCACGUAGACAAUAUUUUAAUGAUAAAAAUAUAAAUAGUGAUGACGAUAAUAUUCCUGAACAAUAUAAAACAUCAAAUAUCAUGACAAAUGUUUAAUAAACAUGAUUAAUAUAAUUAUUUAAACUUUUAAUUGUUUAUUUACAAAAUAAAAAAAAAAUA